AUGAUUUCACAACUUUAUAUUUUAUCUGUCAAAGGAGAAGGAGAAACUCUUCUAUUUCGUGACUAUAGAGAUGAUACACCACGUGAUACACCUAACAAAUUCAAUGAAUGGAUAAAAGAAUGGCAUAUCGAAAAAAAUAAUCCAAUUGACCCUAUUAAUAAUAUUUCACCACCUUCAGUAUUUCAUCUUGAUGGUGUACAAUAUCUGUAUAUUAAUAUCAACGAGUCGGAUCUUUAUUUGGUGUGCACAACUAGAAUUAAUGUAUCCCCGUUUACGAUAUACGAGUUGCUUGGUCAAAUUGCAGUUUUGAUUAGAGAUUUCUGUGGUUCUUUGAAAGAAGAAAGUUUGAUUGUUAAUUCUGAUUUAAUUUAUGAGUUAGUUGAUGAAGUUAUUGAUUAUGGAUAUCCGCAGACUACUUCAACUGAUCAAUUGAUAAACUACGUACAUGAAGAACCUGUCUUGAAACAAGAAAAUAUUUUACAAUCAAUAUCUAAUAAGCUCCAACCAAAGAUACUCGGAGCAUCUUCAAUAAACCAACAAACGAAGUCGUCGUCAAUGGGAACGACAGCAAUGACGAUUAAUAACAAUAAUAAUAUCAAUAGAUCCGUAAUUUCUCUUCGCGAUGUCAAGAAUAAGAAUGUUAGGACAUUGAUAAAUGAAGUUUAUAUUGACGUUACUGAACGUGUGGGAAUGACAGUCCGUGCUGAAAUCGAAGGAUCAAUACAGAUUAAAAGCUACCUGACUGGUAACAGGCCUGAGUUAAGAAUUGGACUGAACUCGAAUAUUUUGUCUGGUGAUAGUCGAGAUUCAGAUAAUUUAGUGCAAUCUCCUAUUGUGCUUGAUGAUUACUUGUUCCACGAAUCUGUCGUAUCUUCGGAUUUCGAAAAAAAUAAAAAUCUUGUGAUAUUUCCACCUCACGGAGAAUUCACCGCCAUGAUAUAUCGAAUAUCUAAUAACAUAAAUCUUCCAUUCCGCAUAUUUCCAUUACUCGAAAAUCCGGCCUUAUCGGACAAAUCAAAAACGAACACCAACAAAAUGGACGUUCUAAUUCGUAUGAGGUCUGAUUUUCCGAAAGACCGUGUUGCGAAAGAGUGUUUUGUUUGGGUGCCAUUGCCGAGAUCGAGUCUUAGCGUCUCCUCUGAAUUUCUCGAUAAAAGUUCACCCGAUUUCAAUUCCUAUUCGAACUCUGAUCAAUCUUUUACUUUUGAUGAAAAAACGAAAAAAGGAAAGUGGGUAAUAAGAAAUUUUGAAGGUGGAACAGAGAGAACUAUAAGAAUCAAGGUUAUUGGAAAUGAACCGUUCUCAGUAGCGUCGCAAUUGGAAGUUGGACCAAUUAGUCUUGAAUUUAAUAUUCAGAACUACACAUGCUCAAAAAUCCAAAUUCGAAGACUCAAAGUGUAUGACAAUAAUAACCAUCUUCCGAACAAUCCUAUCAGCAACAAUAAUUCAGUCGCUCCGCAACGUUGG